AUGUACGAAAUUGAUGUGGACAGCAACGCUAAAGAAGUGGAUCUCACUAGACGUCGGUUGCUCUCAGUGGCUAAUUUCGAAUUGAUACCAAACCUUGAAAUGCUUACGCUACGAUGGAAUCUACUCAAAAAGAUAGAACAUAUUAACGGAUUGCAUCGACUGACAAAACUAUCGCUUUAUGAUAAUCAGAUUACAAAAAUCGAGAACCUAUCCGAUUUACCAAAUCUAGUUGUGCUGGAUCUUUCCUAUAACCGAAUAUCCAAAAUCGAAGGACUUGACACACUUACCGAUCUCAAGGAACUGUACCUAACGAAAAAUAAACUCACAAAAAUCGAAGGUCUCGAUAAGCUAAAAUCACUUGAGGUGCUGGAGUUAGGAGAUAAUCACUUAAGGAAGAUCGAAAACCUGGAAAUGUUGACGAAUCUGAGGAAACUUUUCCUCGGUGCUAAUCAGAUCACUAAAAUAGAAGGAUUGUGCACUUUGCGAAAACUGAUGGUAUUGAGCUUCAUUGGGAAUGCUAUCAGGCACAUAGAAGGCCUCGGAUCAUUGACUUGCCUUAUGGAUUUGGCUUUAUCACAGAAUGGCAUCAAAAGAAUAACAGGGUUACAUAAGAAUGUAGCCUUGACGACACUAGAUCUCAACGAUAAUCAGAUCGAAACAAUUGAAAACCUACACCACCUUACUAAUCUGAAAACUUUAUGGAUGCGAAAAAAUCGAAUCUCAAACUGGACGGAGAUUGCCUAUCUGAAUCGCCUACCAGCACUGAGAGACGUGACACUGGAAAUGAAUCCUAUUUUCAGGUACUGUAGAAUGGCAUUUGUUAUAUUGGAUUUAUUUUACAGUAGUAAGUGA